AUGUUCGCCGAUUCGGAUACCUGCAUAGUUCAGGCAGAGUCUGGAAACGUGAUUGGCACCGUGGUUCUACAUCGUGGCUGCUUUGUUAGCUACAAGGUCAAGAAUGCAGACGACCGGCUCAUUGUGAAAAUCGAUGACGUUGAAGGGGAUUGCGACUGCAAUGUGCUCAGAUAUCCGCCCGACUAUCUGCUGUGUGCAAUCGUAGAAUGUGUCUUUAAGGUAGUAACUGCAUCUGGCAAGCGUAUCGGUGUCAUCGAAAUGACAUAUGGUGGCUGCUUCAGUAGAGGAGAUUUUGUUGUGAAAUUUCCGAUUGAUCUGGAUACAAAUGCCAAAGCACUGAUUCUGGCGGCGGUACUCUUCAAAAAUAUUUUCGAGUUCGACGAAUAG